AUGUGUCAAUCACGUUUGGCCCGUUUUUGUGUUAAUCAUUUGCAUUCUGAUAAACCACUAAAUCAUUAUGCAAUACUAAAACGUUUAAGUAAUUUACUGGAAGAAUGUAGUAUAAAUAAUUCCGAUGAUUAUACUAAAAUAGAAGAUUUGAUAAACCAAUAUGGACAAAAUGCAAUUGAACAAUUACUUCAUUUAUAUACACUUGAAACAAAAUUUUAUCGAAUAUUGCAUAAAGAUUGUUUACCAUUAGCUUUACCAUUAUUUAUACAUUUACCAAAUCUAAAAGAACGAUUUUUUAAAGGUCGUGUUUAUCGUGGUGUGCACAUGACAUACGAAGUAUUAUUAGUAUAUCAAAUGGCUAUGGAAACACCAGGAACAGUGCUACAAACACGUUCAUUUUCUUCAACAUCUAUUAAUCGUUGUGUUGCUGAACACUUUGCACAUUUAGAAAAGAAAAAUAAUGAAAGGGAAUUCAGUGUUUUACUUAUAUUCGAUUUUCCUGAUGUAUGUGAUCAAGCUAUUAAUCUUACAAGAAUAUCAAAUGAUAAACCAUGUUUAAGUGAAUAUGAAGAUGAAAAUGAAGUACUUAUUUUACCAUGGACUUUAUUUGAAGUAAAACAUAUACGAAAUGCAACGGAUGAAGAUGAAUUAUUUACUAUAUAUUUAACUAAUAUUAUCAUAACAAAAAAAAAUCUUUUAUCAACAUUUAAAUGGAGUUGGGUUGAAUUCAAAAAAGGAAUUAUUAAAGAAAAAAAAUUAAAAUUUGAUUGUGCAUUUCAAAAACAUAAAACAUCAAUGUCUAAAAAUUAA